AUUCUCCCACCGCGUCUUCAUCUCGCCAGGGAAACGUGUAUGUGCUGUUGCCGUCUGUGGUCAGUCAUAAGGGUUAUCAGGGCUGAUGGGUACGAAGUGCCGUGCGGAUCAGUACUGGGACACCUUGAUCAAAAAAUGUCUGUCCUGUGACGUGGAAUGCAGGCGGCCAUACGUCAUCCCCAAAUGCACCAGUUACUGUGUGUCUGCACAUUGCAUGGCCCAGCCUGGCCACUACUAUGAUGGGCUGCUGAAGAAAUGUGUGAGGUGCGAUGAGGUUUGUGGCAGACAUCCAGCAGAAUGCUCCCAGCACUGCCAGAUGUCUGCACAUUGCAUGGCCCAGCCUGGCCACUACUAUGAUGGGCUGCUGAUGAAAUGUGUGAGGUGCGAUGAGGUUUGUGGCAGACAUCCAGCAGAAUGCUCCCAGCACUGCCAGACUUCGCCACCCCCUGUGACAGGCAAGAAGCUCCUGGUUGAUGCUACCGCACACGUGUCGUACUCCAAAGUGUCCACGGCCAUCGAAGACUCCACUAUUCUGCUGUACCCCAUGCUGGCCGUGUGCAUGGUGCUGCUGCUUUCGAGCUUGUCUCUAGCCUUGGUUGUCUUCCUGAGGGGAUCCAAGGCCAAAAUCUCCAAGCCGGGACCCAAGGAGCCUAACCCCGACCGGGAGUGUGUGGUCCAGAUGGGCCAGGGGGUUGGCCAGUCAAGCUGUCAGCCCGGGCAGAGCUCCAAAGAUUUUGUGACUAAGUUAAGCCACCCCACUGCCCGUGAGGCAUCGGAUGACUCAAGCCCUACUGAGACCUGCAUGUGCGUCCACUGCUUCCCCGAUCUGAAAGCACUAGGCCAGGGCAAUGACAGGCCGCCGAGGGCACCUUUCUCAUUCUACCCGCAGGCUGUCCUCCACAGAGCACAGGUCCAAAAGGGAGAGCCUGUCUGGACCGAGGGCAGCUUAUACACCUCUGGAGGGCAGGUGCAGGAGGCUGUGGUGGGAUGAGGCUCAUUUGCCGUCUCAUGGGGGAACUGGAAUCGCAAAUGUUUUCCCCAGCUCAUAGGAGAAGAUUGCCAGUGUAUUGGAUUCACAAUCACCAUGUAAUCUGUCACAGCAAAGGUUUUUAACUGUUUGGAUUGUGAAAAAAAAAAAAUGUUUAAAGAGGAGUAUGCUCAUCUAUGACCCCUAUUAACCUUUUAACAUUGGCAAACAAGUGAAGGACACAUUUCAAGGCUGUUGUGUGGUUGAUUCAUAUUAAACAAACUGAAGCAAAUUAGGCAGCUAUUUACGCGUAACCGUGGAUCUCAUUAAAUGAUCUCGUCAAACGCGAACUGAGAAUACAAAUCGGGAAUAGGUCUGUAAAAAAAAAAAAGUUUCUACUGGCACUGUUACGCUUUGCUCUCCAGCCCACGGUCCUUUUAUUUUGGAAGAACAAAGACAGGGUGGAGGUGGAAAUAAGGAGAAAGUGGGUCAGCGCUUCACUGGGCUGAACAGCCAGUCACACAAACCAAAUGGCUGUGACAAGUGCUGACUCGUGCCAAUGGCGGCACAAUGGAAAAGCACAGGUUAUGGUCGCCCACGCAGGCUCAGCGAUGCCCGACAGCAUUCCACUGCUAACUGCCGUCAUCUUGGCUUGUCAGAUCACAUAAGAAAUCAUUUCAUAGAGCUAUAGUCACAGGGAGACUUGCCCGGGUGUGGAAGUUUAUGACUCCCGCUCUCUACACGUUUGUUCCUUUUCCCGCCAAAACAAGUGAAACACACCGUACUUAACAAGAUAUUUCAAUGACAACUAUUUGAGUUAUACUAUAGGAGACUAUUAUGGGUAGUAGGCAAUGCCAGAGUCCACAUCUAAGGAGGAGACAGCACUUAAAGCCGAAUGAGUGACUCUGAAGAAAUUAAUUGGUAAUUCCUCAUGUCACCACUGGGGGUCACCAAAGUCAACAAUGUUCAAGUUUUACUGAUUCAUCUAUUGGGAAAUCUAAAUGUGGAGGCAUGGGCUCAUUCUGGGCACUUACCAUCUGCAUAACUGUAUAUGUACAGUGUAUGUAUGUAAAUUGUGUGCACAGUGUUAUGUAUAUAUUUGUGGGGUGAUUUUAUGUGUUAUGAUUCAGAAUCUCCUUGUACUUGCUUUGCCUCCAAUAAUAAUAAUAAAAAAAACUUAACAGCAAAAAUAUAAACAAGUGGAGAAGCUGUUUGUAAGUCUGUCAUCACUUUAAUCCUUGCUAGGUACUGUGAUAUGUAUAGUGGCAUGAAAAAGUUGUCACUGUGAAUAGCAAAGUAAGUAGAAGAUGGACCGAUUUCCAAAUUAACGAUGACACGCUGAAGAGAAUUUCACUAUUUGAGCAAGAUUAGUGUAUUUUUAAGUUGUUUUCUCAGUUAUUAAAUGUCAUUAAGAAAUGGCAGUUAACAGGAACUGUGGAGGUCAAGCUGAGCUUUGAGAGAACUGCUUGUGGAAUUGAUUGUUUGACUGACAAAGAUCUUAAUGGAGGUUUAGCAGAUUGUGGAGUGGUGGUGCGCUGUUCCACUGUGCAGCAACACCUUUACACAUAUGACCUUCACGAAAGAGUCAUCCGAGGAAAACCUUUCCCGCGUCCUCAGCACAGAACUCAGCAUCAGAAGUUUGCAAAGGAACAUCUAAACUAGCCUGAUGCAUUUUGGAAACGAGUCCUGUAAACUGAUGAAGCUCAAACAGAACUGUCUGUUUGGAGAAAAAAGAAACGAGAAGAACACUUCACCAACUGUCCAGCACGAGGGUGGAUCCAUCACGUUUUGGGCUUGUGUUGCAGCCAGUUGCACAGGGAGCGUUUCACUGGUAGAGGGAAGAAUGGAUUCAAUUAAAUAGCAGCGAAUUGUGGAAGCAAACACCACACCGUCUGUAAAAAAGCAGCAGACAAAAAGAGGAUGCAACAGAAUAACAAACCUAAACACGCCUCAGAAUCCACAAUGGUCGACCUCGAGACACACAAGCUGAGAGCUCUGCCAGAAGGAGAACGGGAGAAAAAUAACCCAACAAAGAACUGAAAGACCGCCAAGACUUGC